AUGCUACCACGCUGUAUACCGCCCAACCGAGUUUCUUUGAGCCCGAUCCUAUCAAGGCAGAGUCUGUCAAUGGCAAAGCUGAUAUCAAGCUUGGUAAAGACUCGUUUGUUCUCGACCCUGGAGCCUCGGAAACCACUGAAGUUACGGUUACCGACCUAUCUGGCCUUGAACUUGAGCGCCUGCCCAUCUGGUCUGGUAAUUGUCAAUGGCACCGACGGUACCAGCCUGAGCAUCCCCUAUCUCGGUCUCGCCGGCUCUCUUCGCUCUGCUUGGCGCAUUUAUCCUGGCAAGCCGGUCCUCAAAAUUGCCGGAGCUGAUGGAGAAUCGACGUACCCCAGUACCGAUGCAUUCGUCUUCAACGAUCUGCAAAGCGGGCAGAAACCAGGGCCAUCCAACUCGGUUGAGCGAAAGGAUGCUGGAGCGAGCCUUGACAAAGUAUUCGUCGCAAUUCACCUCCCCCUCGCUUCUCCCAAACUGCGCCUGGACAUGGUCCUGCUCACGCUUUGCUCGUCAUCUCUCGAUUUCAAGCCCCAGAAUACGUCUCAAGCAGGCCCCGACCCCAGGCUUGCGUGCCCGAUGAAAUGUCACCGAGUUUGCUGGCACCAAGUCCGUUGGUCAACUGCCGGGAUCCCCAUUCAACUUGUUCUCUCGCCAAACUGGUACAAUCGACAUUACCCACUGGAAUGGAUCUUUUGCACCCGGCCAGUACGCACCUUCUGGCCGGUAUCAGUUUGCCCUCCACGCUCUGGCUCUAUUUGGGAACCCGGACAAUGA